GCUCCCUCCUAGCUCAGGUAUCAGGUGAAGCUGGUCUCGCGCGCGGGAGAGGCAGCAGUGGCCGGUGUGCGGCGAAACGAUGGCUACGCGCACCAGACUGUGUCUGCUGCUUCUGCUGCUCUGCGCGCUGAUGGGAGCCGCUACUCCUGCGGAGAGUGGUGGAACCAGCAGUUCUAAAGGAAGAAGUUUUGCUGGCCGAAAGAUUCCAAAUACAAGUAACAGCUCUGAAGAGUUAUACGAAGUGGAUGAAUUUGCAGCAAAGGCCCUCACAGGAAAGCUGAGUACAGUUUUUCUUCCCAUUGUGUGUAUCAUUGUCUUUAUCAUUGGUUUACCAAGCAAUGCCAUGGCCCUCUGGGUCUUUUUUUUCCGAACAAAGAAGAAACAUCCAGCUGUAAUUUAUAUGGUUAACUUAGCAUUGGCAGACCUUCUUUUUGUCAUCUGGUUCCCGCUGAAGAUUGCUUACCAUGUAAAUGGCAAUAACUGGCUGUUUGGUGAAGGUCUCUGCAAAGUCCUUGUGGGAUUUUUCUAUGGAAAUAUGUACUGUUCUAUUCUCUUCAUGACAUGUCUCAGCGUGCAACGGUAUUGGGUUGUAGUGAACCCCAUAGCGCAUUCAAGAAGGAAAUCUGAAAUUGCCUUGGGCAUCUCCCUUGCCAUUUGGGUACUGAUUUUGUUGGGCACCAUUCCAUUGUAUCUUGUUAAUCAGACUGUGUAUAUUUCAAAUCUUAACAUAACUACCUGCCAUGAUGUGUUGCCUGAAAAUGUUUUGGCUCAUGACAUGUUCAAUUAUUUCCUGUCACUUGCAAUUGGACUUUUCUUAAUCCCAGCUCUCCUUACUGCUGUCUCCUACAUACUAAUGAUUAAGACUCUGAAUGCAUCCAUCACAGAUGUAAGCACUGGGAAGAAACGAAAGAGAGCGAUCAAACUCAUUGUCGUGGUCCUGGCCAUGUAUCUCAUCUGUUUUACACCAAGCAAUGUGCUGCUGGUUGCACACUACUUGCUCCUCAAAACCUACAGCCAGAGCUACCUCUAUGUUUCGUACGUGAUUGCACUGUGUCUUUCUACGCUCAACAGUUGUAUCGAUCCGUUUGUCUACUACUAUAUUUCGAAAGACUUCCGAGACAACCUCAAAAAUGCUCUGCUUUGCCGAAGUGUGCGAACUACACGGAGAAUGCAAGUGUCCCUGUCUUCAGGUAGAUACCCCAAGAAAUCAAAUUCUUACUCUUCAAACUCAAAUGGGACCACUAAAUCAACCUACUGAGUUUAAUCCAAGAAAAACGAACUUUUACUGCUACCACUGAAAGGCUGUAAGUGACAAGAGAGUUAUUUUUUACAAGAGUCUGAACACAUAUCUCUGUUUUUUUAAUUGCGUUGAGGCCUGGAUUUCAGAACUGGCAGCUGCUUGCCCUGUGAAGGCAUUGUAAGCAGAUAAAUGUUACCACUAGAUUGGAGGAAGAAAAAUCAUGACAUUUCAGAUGCUCUGCAAUAAUGCUGGUGACCUGAAACAAGUUCUGGUUGAAGACAUUUUUGUUCCAUACUGAAGCUGGUAAAAAGCAGAAUGUCACUGGAAUGUUAUGUAGUGUUGCUAGUGCGUUUUAAUUAACAGAAAAAAAUCUGUUUUAUUUGACUUUAAUGUAUUAAACAGAUUGUGUAUGUAGAACCUUGCUCUGUGUACCUAUUUAGACUGAACAUUAUUUGAAACUGUAGAGGGGAGAAAAGGAGAAUCUGUUUCACCAUUGCAGUGUAGACUGCUUAUUGUCUUUAACGUAAUGUAGUUUUGUAUUGUUUUCCAAGUUACUGUGCUGUAAAUAGCAACAUGGUGGAAGCCUGUAAGGCUCUCCAGUUUAGUUGACAAGCUCAACUUAUCACCUAGCACUGAUAUAAAAUGUUAGUUGAGAUUAUGAGCUGUUACUUAACACUGGCCAUUACAUGAACUUAAAUGGGGCGAUUUAAAAAAGUUUUCAUGAAUAGCUAUUUGCUUUUAUAUAAUGUCUCGUAUUUUUUAAAAUAUCUAAAUAAGAUUUUUAUAUAUAUAUAUAAAAAACACAGUUGAGUUGGAUGCUUUCAUGUAUGCUUUUACACACUUUUUAAAAUGAUGAGUAACUCCACUUGCUUGGCUUCAGGUAGCAAACAUAUUAUUCCUAACAGUGAAUUAGAAAUCUUGACAACUGUAGUCAUAAUGUCUAAAUGGGUUAAGUAAAAUUUACCUACAUGUCAUUAGAGCAAAACUUUUCCCUCAUCUUAUUGGCAGAUGACUAAAACCAAAUGGUUCAGAACUGUGGGGGAAUAAUAAAUGAACACAUUCACAAGAUGACAAACUUCAGCCCUAGGGGAUUUCUGAAAUUUCUUAAGCCCUUGUCCUUCACCCAGAAUAUUUGUGGCCACUCAGAAAUGUGGCAUCACUUUUAAUCUGAAAUGCUGUUGGGUAUAUGUUUAGGGGUAGGAUUGAAAUGUAUUUAUUUCAAAUCUUGCGAUCCUGAUAGGUUUCACCAAGCUGUAUGUUGAACUUGCAUCCAUGUGCCCUGAGCCUUAGUCAGCUAGGUCACUAACAAACACAGGCAAAUUAUAUAGUCCUCUGUCCAAAAAGUACUGAGACAGAUGGUACAUAGUCAGGAAGUGUUCACCAUUUCAAGUAUGAGGAGUAAGGAUGGGGAUAGAUUUAACUGUAUUGAGAAUUUGAGCAGUCUUGUACAUCUUAAAGGCCAUAAGAAUC